CUCGGAGACUUAUAUCGUGUCCAGGUCUUCUUCUUCUUCUUCAUCCAACUUCCCUAGCAUUCAGAACCAAACCCUAGAUUUGAUUUCCCUUGCGCUGCAUCUCAGGAUGGAAUUCUCUGCUGCCGAUUUCGAUAGGCUUAUGAUGGUCGACCUCGCUCGAAACGCUUGCGAGGAACAGUACAAGAAGGAUCCUCUCGAUUCUGAGAAUUUGCAAAAGUGGGGUGGAGCAUUGCUUGAACUUUCCCAGUUCCAGAGUGUUGCUGAUGCAAAGCUCAUGUUAGAUGAUGCUCUUUCCAAGUUCGAAGAGGUAUUAACAAUAAACCCAGGGAAGCAUCAGGCUCUUUGGUGUCUUGGCAACGCCUACUCUUCCCAAGCGUUUCUUAAUCCGGACUCCGAUGUAGCCCAAGGUCUCUUUGAUAAAGCUGCUGACUAUUUCGAGAGAGCUGAAAAUAUGGAUCCAGGUAAUGAGAUGUAUCUCAAGUCCAUGGAAGUUGCAACAGAGGGGCCGAAACUGCAUAAGGAGAUACAUAAGCAUGGUGGAAUGAUGCAGCAGGCACUGGCUGGAGGAGGUGGAGCAGGUCCCUCUGCUUCUUCAAAUGCUGGCGGUGGGAAGAAUAAGAAGAAGAACAAUGACUUCACUUACGAUGUAUGCGGUUGGAUAAUUCUCGCCUUUGGGAUUGUUGCUUGGGUUGGCAUGGCUAAAUCCCUUGGCCCUCCACCUCCUGCUAGAUAAAGCCCUAGUAGUGAAACACCAUUCCAUGAGGACAAUAAUACUGCCUGCUAGAUUCGAUUUCCCAAACAGAGUGGUUCUAGAUUUGAAGAGAUUUCAACGUUUGUUGUGUCGAUAUGGUUUUGUCUGCCGACCAGAUCGUGUCAAAUUGUUUUGUUUACUUAAUUACAUUAGGAUGUUUGUUUUUCACUAGUGGGUAAGAAAAGAGAGCAACUAUGUUUUUUGUUUCGUGGUACGAACACAACAAGGUGUACACGAUUUCUUCUUUGAGUUCUUUUUUUUUUU